GUUAGACGGUUAGGUGAUACACCUAACCUACUUGUUGGUUGUUUGAAAAUAAUAAAUUAUACAUUUUAUAGAAAAUUAUACUUUUUCCGAAUCGUUUGUUUUCGUUGUUAAACAUUCACAAGGCAUGUUUACCUAAUAUUUUAAACCUUUAGCUUAAAUACUUUCAAACGUAUAGCCGAUAGGUUCCUGCUAUUAUACGUGAUGACUUUUUGAACGAAGAUUUAUAAGAGUUAUUAAUAACGUUCAAACAUUAUCUUUCGUGGCAUUCGGAUCAGUGACUGUUAGUUAUUAAUAUUUAUAUUUUUUGUUCGAAAUAAUAUAUCUCGAGAUCACCCUCGUGCAGCGUCGGUCCUCGGACACACGUCAAUUAGUGUAUCACACUGCAGCUCUGUACAGUUACAAAUCAACGUUAUUAGACACACAAGUGUACUUUUAUACAGGAUACCCGUGUGCAACGAAAGCAAUUUGUCAGUCCUAUUUUUAUGCCUGAACCAUUUGACUAAGUCGAAAUAGCUUAUUAGACCCGAGAGAAUUAAUCACAUCAAACGAAAAGUAAUUGAACGACGCGGUGCGCGGCCCGCGCUCACUGAUAUAUUUUUGUGAAUAAAUUAAUUUCAAGACUAAUAUAAAUUAAACAUUCAGUUUCCAUGUGAAAUGCGCUUCGUCGCAGUUGAUUUUAUUUUUUGUUAUUUCCUUCUAUUUUUUUUUUCUAUUUUCUUUCCGUACUUAUUUAUUCAAGUGAAUUAUUGUCAUCGCUCUCGAGCCGAAAUACGUGUUGAUACCGCACUGAAAAACCGUGAUUAUUUAAUUAACUAUGACAAGUCGAAAUGGCGACAGUCUGCCGCAACCACGGUGGCUGCAGGACAAGACAAAUGUGCACUUAGAUUCUAUGAGCGGAAACGACGCGAUUCGAUUUCGCAACCUACAACAAUGGUACACGACGAGUGUCUUGGAUGUAAAAAGAGAUUUCCUCCGAAAUGUAUUGGACGUUUGCGGGGAUCCGUUGUUUUUAUUUACUUUGCAAAAAAUAUUUGACUGCAGGGCGUACCGCACCGGAGACAUGAUUGCGGCGUACAAUAUCGGCGAUGGGUGCUCUGACGUGCGUCCGGCCGAAGACAACGAGUCCUCCUCAUUAGAUCUGACCGCGUCGACGGACGACCACUCCGAUUGGUUUGACGGAUUAUCGAAACACGUUCGACUAGCCGCGUUUGUCAGACUCGCGUUUUUGGGCGGAACGAGCGUUAUGACUGAAAUUCGCGAACAUCUCGAUCGUUUGAUCAAGUCGAAUGGAAAUUUACCGAGCUUCCGAAACUCGAAUGUCAAAAAUACUACCGAAAUGCAAAAUUCAAAUCUCACAAUAUUCGACGACUUACUAUUGUUGACGGACAGAUUAUCAGAUUCCGAUGAAAUACUAUCAAUAACUAAUUUAGACAAAAAUAAGGCCAAGAUUACUGAUGUGGUAUAUCGGGAUUAUAUGGAACGCACAAACGAAUGGAAAAACAAAUUGGAUUCAUUCGAGCAGAAAUACCACGCGAUUCGUAGAACCACUGAACCCGACAGCGACUUGGCCCAAAUGCUUUCGGUUUGGCAUGUUAUUCCAGCUGGCGAGAAAUUAUUAAGCGAUCCUAGUCGCAAAGAAACGAACGCAACCCCAACGUCAACAAACGGGAAUGCCGAACAUAUACCAUUGAGCUCAAGUCAUACAUUGGCUUCUGUAACGGAGUACAAAAAAGCAAGAAAUCUCAUUGACCGGCAAAUUGACAGACGUUUAAAAAUACAGAAGACAAGGCAGUUAGAUGAUGAAACUGAACUAGACGACUGUGGUGAUUUUGAUCUCCAUGCGGCGAUACCAUUUGAUAAUAAUUGUUGGACUAAAAAGGAUGAUACUACUCAUAUAUUGAAAGGAAAAGGACGUGUGAAUCUUCGAAAAUAAGGUGCGAAUUAUCGACGAUUUUUCCAAGGAAAUCGUAUAGCUUCAGUAAAUACAAACACUUAGAACUCAAGUGAUAUACAAUAAUAUUAUAUUAAAAGUGUUAUUUCGGAAAAAAAAAAAAAUAACACUAUUGUAAGUUA